CUAAUAUCUAUGACAUGGCUGCCUCGUUUCUUUUCGGUUGGAUUCCAUUUAUUGGAAAAUACUUUUCAGAGCCAGAAACAACCUCUCCCCCUGAAGAUUUCCCUAAUGUUAAAGUUGGUAUCAUUGGUGGUGGAAUUGGAGGCUGUUCAUCCGCUUAUUUCCUGAGAGAGCUCUGUGGGGACAAUGUGGAGAUCCACGUAUUCAACGACAGUCAGGUUGUAGGUGGUAGAUGUGCUGUGAUUGAAUUCCAGGGGAACAUUUAUGAAAGUGGUGGAGCAGUUAUACAUACCAGCAAUAAACAUAUGGUAGAAUUCAGGAAAAAAUUUGGUCUGAAAGAAUUCAACUCGUCUAAAAUUCCAAGCUCGCCUCUUGCUAUAUACAAUGGUCAAAGAUUUGUCCUCCAUCUUGGUUUCUCUGGCAUCCUCAAUAACCUGAAACUUCUCUGGAAAUACGGACUGAGCUUGUUCCGGAUGUCACGCUCAAUUCACUCAGAGUUGAAAGGCUUUUCAAAUAUUUACAAGCUACAGGAAAAAGGAAAGUCCUUCAAGACGGUGCCUGACAUGCUGAGAGCUAUGGGUGGGGAAAAAUUUUGUAAUGAAAUUACUGUAAGUGCUGAUGAUUAUUUCAAGAACACUCUCGGAUGGAAUGCUGAACUUGUUGAUGAUCUAGUAUGCGCUGGAAUGAAAUGCAAUUAUGGACAGACUAAUCAAGUCGAUGCGUUCACUGGCUUUGUUUCGCUGGCUGGGAUGGAAGAUGGCUACCUCUGGUCUGUCAUUGGAGGAAAUCGUCAAAUACCAGAGAAAGCACUCGAAGCAUCUAAAGCCACAUACCAUGUUUCCACUGUAACAAAGGUGACAAAAGAAGAUGACAAUAUGUACAUGGUGGAGUAUAGCGACUCGACUGGUACCUCUUUGAUUGAGUUUGAUGUAGUCAUUAUAGCUCAUCCUUUAAACUUGUCAAAGAUUGCAUUUGCUAAUUUCUCCCAGACCAUCUUCACUGAUGGGACCAAGACUCCAUAUCACAGGACUGUGGCAACCUGGAUCAAGGGCAAACCCAAUGCCAAGCUGUUUGGUUACCCUAAAGCUGAUCAGUACCCGCGGGACUAUCCGCUCACCAUCCUAACCAACGAUAUGACCGAUCCACCGGUUGAUUUCAAUAGUUGCUCUCAGGAUAUUCCAGCCACAGCCUCAGAGGAAGAAGUGAAAAAGAAUUAUAACAAGCCACUGAGGGAUCUCCCUACCCAAGUAUUCAAAGUAUUCUCAAACAAUUUUCUCUCAGAUUCAGAAAUCUCUCAAUUAUUCGUAUCAACUGAAGGAGUCGUCUCAAAGGACUGGCUGGCUUAUCCUCAGUAUGCUCCACCCGAGGAGUGUCCUCCAUUUGUGCUGGAUGCUGAGGGCGGGCUCCUCUACAUUAACGGGAUUGAGAAGGCUGCCAGUGCAAUGGAAAUGAGUGCAAUCGGAGCCAAGAACGUCGCUCUGCUAGCAAAAGAAUACAUUUUAAAGAAGAAAAUGACCCAAUAAUUGAGUCGUAAUUGUAAUUGAAUCGUCUUGUUUUCGAAUUUUAAAUGUUUUU